UUGGACGUUGUUGUGCUUUGUUUUCCAGCAACGAAGGUUUUGGGAACAGUAAAAUGGUUCAAUGUAAGGAACGGAUACGGUUUCAUCAACAGGAAUGACACCAAGGAAGACGUAUUUGUACACCAGGGUGCGGAGGCAGCAAAUGUUACAGGCCCUGGUGGAGUUCCAGUUCAAGGCAGUAAAUACGCAGCAGACCGUAACCAUUAUAGACGCUACCCACGUCGUAGGGGUCCUCCACGUAAUUACCAGCAGAAUUACCAGAAUAGUGAGAGUGGGGAAAAGAACGAGGGAUCGGAAAGUGCUCCUGAAGGCCAAGCCCAACAACGCCGGCCCUAUCGCAGGCGAAGGUUCCCACCUUACUAUUUGCGGAGACCCUAUGGGCGUCGACCACAGUAUUCCAACCCUCCUGUGCAAGGAGAAGUGAUGGAGGGUGCUGACAACCAGGGUGCAGGAGAGCAAGGUAGACCAGUGAGACAGAAUAUGUAUCGGGGUUACAGACCACGAUUUCGCAGGGGCCCUCCUCGCCAAAGACAGCCUAGAGAGGACGGCAAUGAAGAGGACAAAGAAAAUCAAGGAGACGAGACCCAAGGUCAGCAGCCACCUCAACGUCGGUAUCGCCGCAACUUCAAUUACCGACGCAGACGCCCAGAGAACCCUAAACCACAAGAUGGCAAAGAGACAAAAGCAGCCGAUCCACCAGCUGAGAAUUCGUCCGCUCCCGAGGCUGAGCAGGGCGGGGCUGAGUAAAUGCCGGCUUACCAUCUCUACCAUCAUCCGGUUUGGUCAUCCAACAAGAAGAAACGAAUAUGAAAUUCCAGCAAUAAGAAAUGAACAAAGAUUGGAGCUGAAGACCUUAAGUGCUUGCUUUUUGCCCGUUGACCAGAUACGCUAGAACUAUCUGCAUUAUCUAUGCAGCAUGGGGUUUUUAUUAUUUUUACCUAAAGAUGUCUCUUUUUGGUAAUGACAGAUGUGUUUUUUAAAAAAAAAGGUCUGGUUUUUCUCAAUACACCUUUAAUGGUUUUUAAAUUGUUUCAUAUCUGGUCAAGUUAAGAUUUUUAAGAACUUCAUUUUUAAUUUGUAAUAAAAAACGUUUACAACUUGAUUUUUUCAAAAAAAGUCAACAAACUGCAAGCACCUGUUAAUAAAGGUCUUAAAUAAUAAU